ACGAAAUAACAACGAUAAUAAUUGGAUAAAAACUUAGUGGAAAAAAAAUGAGUGAUUUAAUAGUAAUAGUACAAGAAGGGAAAUUAAAAGGUGCGGAACUAGAAAGUAGCCUAGGCUCCCCGUACAUCGCUUUCAGAGGAAUACCUUUCGCUGCUCCUCCCAUUGGAGAGCUCAGAUUCAAGGACCCGCAACCACCUGAACCAUGGACUGGCGUAAAGGACACAUCCGAAGUUAACGAGUACAUCUGCCCCCAGGUCCAAGAUGCUCCACCAUUGAUUAUCGGCAACGAGGAUUGCCUUUAUCUAAACGUCUAUACUAAUUCCCUUGCUCAAUCAAAGAAAUCAGUCAUGUUCUGGAUUCAUGAUGGUGCAUUCACAAUAGGCUCCUCAAGCUUUCAGCACUUCAGACCUGAUUAUUUGCUCGCGAAAGACGUUGUCGUCGUCACGACUAACUACAGGCUCGGAGCAUUCGGAUUUCUGAAUCUGGGUCACAAAGUGGCGCCAGGGAAUCAAGGGUUGAAAGAUAUAAUCGCGGCGUUGGAAUGGGUGAGGGAAAAUAUUGCCAGCUUCGGCGGAGAUCCCGAUAACGUGACGAUUUUCGGGGUUAGCGCCGGGGCAGCUUUAACUCACGCUUUGCUCAUGUCGCCGCGCGCAAAAGGAUUAUUCCACAAAGCGAUCGUGCAAAGUGGAUCGAUGCGAAGUUUUUGGGCGAUUAAUCAAAGCCGUCCCGAGCGUGGCUUCAAUUUGGCCAAGUAUCUUGGAAAUUUGUCCAACGAUCCUGUCGAAGUAGUCGAAUUCCUGCGGACAAUAUCCGCCGAGGAUAUCGUACGCGCCCAGACAGCUCUCCUGUCGCAAGAGGAAAGAUUAAGUUUUAACCUUGCUUUUGGAAUGAAUAGCGACGAAAUAGCGGAGAAUCCUGUUUUACCAGAAUCUUUGGAAGAAUUAAUUAAAAAAGAGGUAGACAUUCCCGUGAUGGCCAGCCACACGUCCAACGAGUUCAUUAUGUUUUUGCAAAAUAAAAGCGAACAGCUCAUACGUUUAUUCAAUUCGUAUCUAUUGACGCAUGUGAAAAACUUAGGAUCGUUGAAGAUGUUGGAGGAUGAGAAAGUUAAAAUUUUAUACAAAUCGGUGAAGGAGCGUUACUUCAACGGGAACUCGAUCACCGCCAAUGAUUUCAACGAAUUGACGGAAUUUUUGGGCAACGUUUAUUUUGCCAUUCCCGCGAUCCUGUGGCUGCAGGAUCGAAUAAGAAGGGUAACUUCACCCAGCUACUUUUGCAAAUUUUCGUACGUUGGCAAUGAGAAAACACCCACCGAUUUGCUGGUGAAACGACAAGCUUCUGGAACAUCUCACGUGGACGAUAUCGCUUACUUGUUAUAUUUGCCCAAGUGUAAAGUUGAAAAUCCGGAUCCACCGGCGGUUGGAACGAAGGACAGGAUCACGUUGGAACGAAUGACCAGGAUGUGGACGAAUUUCGCUAAAACGGGAGAUCCCGUCUCGGUUAAAGACGAGUUUGUCAACGUCGAUUGGAAUCCCGUAACCACGGACGAAUUUUAUUAUUUGGACAUUGGGGAGGAGUUACGAAUUCUCCCCGUCCCGGAACAUUUAUUAUUCUUCGAACGGGCUUUAUAAUUUUUUUAGGAUUGACGAAAAAUUGAUUUGUAUCGAAUUUUUAUUCCAUUUUAUUUAUAUAUAUAUAUUUAUAACAAUACAUUUUUAAUCGCCUUCUUGCCCUCAGAUGCAAGAUGGCCAAAUGAUGCAAAGGAUGUAAUAAAUACACUUGUUACACUUCUACCUCUUGUAAAAUGUUAUUGACAGCUAUUUACACGCAUCGACUAAGCAGACGGAAUCUUAUCUCGUUUGCCGUGUAUCUGGGAAUACCUGAUACGAAACUCUGAAAUCAUCAAACAGAAUCUACGGAGCAAAGAAUGUAAAUCUCGAAAAAAUCGAGUCUUGUUUUCGCGGAAAAUUUUUUUUUUAAUUUCGAUUAAAAGGAAGACAAUACAAGAUGAGACAAUACAGCGUAAUAAUUACGUUUACUUAAAUUAAAUACGUAUCAUUUUUUUUUUAUUAAACCGUUUAUGCUAAAAGCGAACUGCUUAAACAUUUUUUUUCUUUUUUCGUUUUCUCGUAUCAUGAAUAUGUGCACGUUUUUUUUUUCUUCUUUAAAUUAACUUGUCUUAACAACAUAUGUGCGUUUCGAGAUUUAAAAAAAAAAAAAA